AUGGAGGAGGACCCGGGUGAGCGGACGCCGGCUCUAGGCGGCUCCGCUGGUCCCUCAGUUAGGGCCCAUUCCUCCUCUCCAAGACGGGUCCCACUUUUUGAAAGAGCUUCCACACGAUGGUGGAAUCCGCAAUUUCGCUCUCCUUCGCUCGAAGCGCAGUACUGGAAAUGCUCCUUUCCUCAGCUCAGAGAUCGCUUCCGCUCGGGGCUUGUGUACAUCUCAUUCGUCUGUGUGGCGUGGACGAUUUAUCUGGCAAUUUUCGACAAGGCAGGCUUCCAGCACUGGUUCACUGCUGUUGCUCUGAUCACAGUCUGUCUAGCUAUGCUGUCCUUCACGCUCUGUUCGUCGCAGUACCAGAGAUUCUACAUGCCAACGUCGUUCCUGUGCACGUUUCUCAUUUGUCUUGUUACUCUCCUCAUUUUCUCCUCCGACUCAAAAUCUGCGUUCAUGACACCUGUUGCCAGCCUUGCCACCAGCUUUCAGGUGGUACUGUUAAUCUAUACUGUAAUUCCUCUGCCAUUAUACCUGUGUAUUCUGAUCGGUGUUGUUUAUUCGUGCUUAUUCGAGAUGCUGUCGAGGAACAGGGUCACCUAUGGAGAUGUUUCCCGUAUUCAGUUGGUGCUACAUAUCGGUGUUCACCUUCUGGGGGUGCAUCUGUUUAUUCUCACUCAGGUGCGGCAGAGGAAGACAUUUCUGAAAGUUGGUCAAUCGUUGCUCGCUAGGAAAGAUCUUGAGCUGGAGACACAGUUCAAGGAUCAUAUGAUUCAGUCUGUGAUGCCUAAAAAGGUGGCAGAUGAACUCUUGAAGGACGCUUCCGAACUACGUCGACCAUCAGCAAGUCUCGACUCAAAUUGCCGUACUUCGAACGCCACACAGCCACCACCAAGUGAAGAGCAACCGCUGACAAUUCUGAAAUCGGUGCCAGACGUGCGGAAAUUCCGUCCAUUUACUAUGAAUCUGAUGACGGAUGUGUCGAUUUUAUUCGCAGAUAUAGCUGGUUUUACGAAGAUGUCUUCGAAUAAAUCUGCAGACGAACUCGUUAAUCUGCUCAACGAUCUCUUUGGAAGAUUCGACUACUUAUGUAGAGUAGGCGGUUUAGAAAAGAUUAGCACAUUAGGUGACUGUUACUACUGUGUUGCCGGUUGUCCGGAACCAUGCGCUGACCAUGCAAUUCGCACUGUAGAGAUGGGACUCAACAUGAUUGUUGCAAUUCGACAGUUCGACAUCGACAGAGGCCAGGAGGUGAACAUGAGAGUUGGGAUUCACACUGGAAAGGUAAUGUGUGGUAUGGUCGGAACAAAACGCUUCAAGUUCGACGUCUUUUCGAACGAUGUCACUUUAGCGAACGAAAUGGAGUCGACUGGAAUAGCUGGGAGAGUACACGUUUCCGAAGCGACCGCCAAGUACCUUCGAGACGAUUACAUACUUGAGGAUGGGCCUGAUUACGAUGGACCGCUGAGAAUGCAAGUACAAGGAACCGAACGACGAGUGAAGCCUGCCAGUAUGAAAACGUACUUCAUAAAAGGCAGGAUUCGAGACUCUGUCGAGGAAGGACUGGAUUCUGGAUCGGAUAGGGAAACUUCAGGUCAAAAGGUGCCGCCUCCCUCAACUCGUAAGGGCGGAUUUAAGCAGAAAAUAGCUGGCAAACUGAAGAUGAACUCAUAUCCCAUUCGUGCAAGUGGCGGUGGAUCACUGCGGAUGAAGUUGGCAGAGCGAAAUCGCUCUACACAAUUGCUUCCAAAAGAGUCGAACUCUAUAUGCAUCAUGGAAGAGAGCAAAAAGUCCGCAUCACUACAAGCGCUUACCACGACUAAUUUGAACGGCAGCAAUCCUGACACAACCAACUCUUUCCAAGACAAGGUCAUUCCAAAGAGUGGUAGUGGAAGCAACAGUAUGAAAGGGUCGCGAAGCUCUGGCCUUCAGCUUUCUCUGCAAGACGGUUCCGACCUGUGCUCGGUAGGCGGCCUAGACACUGCCAUUUCUCAUCAUCACAACGCUGCUUCGCUCACUAGGUUCGACACUGACAACAAAGACUUCGACCAUCGUCUUGCGAUGGUCAUAGGACAAGGAGAAGGAGGCUUUGAGAAAGGCUUUUGGGAGCAUCACGAUAGCCUAAAUCGAUGGACACUCAAGUUUAACGAGAAGAUCGUAGAAGACGAGUAUCGCGCCCAUUUCGCAGACUCUGCAGACCGCCACAUUCCCAACAAGACUCCAGUGGGACGACAUCAGGACGUUUCUCGCCGGGAUCAAAUUGACCACACCACCGAAUAUAGAUAUUCGGGGGUGUUCAUCGACGUUCUUGUGGCGGCCGUUUUAUUAGUCGUUUCCUCAGCAGCCGUUUUUAUGUCGCCAUCAAGGAUUCCACUUUCAUUUGUAGUUUAUUUUUGUCUCGCACUUACCACGGUCAUUGCAAUGAUCGCACUGAUAGGCGUUCCACUUCUGAGCAGAAAAUCAAUCUUACCGUGUAUGAAUCUCUGGCAACCACGCCACGUUAUAGGUGCCGCGAUGAUAGCGUUGCCGUUCGGGGUGGCUGUAUGCGUGAUGCCUUUGUGUAUCACCGAUGGUUGUCCUACAAUGCCACUCAUGCCUGCUCGAUUCCUUUUUUCCUACAUCAUGAUAGUUGCUCUCUUCGCUCACUGCAACUUCUCACAGUUGGGAGCUUGGCCGAAAACGAUACAAUGCAUAAUAGUUGGACUCAUCCACAUCUCCGCUGUUUACUACUGCCAGACGAACAUCGAUCGGGAGGAUCCACGGGAGUCAUGCGGAAACGACACGACUGUCUCUAUUCUCGAUAUUUCAUUUGCUUCGUCUUUCUUUAUUUGGGAAAUGCUUUUGGACGUUGUGCUUUCCAUUAUCCUUGUUGGAUUCCUCAACUAUCAGUUCGAAGCAGCCUUUCGCAUGUCCUUUUACGGAGACGUGCAAGCCAGGCGAGACACUCAGCGAAUGCAGAUAGUUCGAGACCAAGCAGACUGGCUGCUUAACAACGUCAUACCGGCUCAUGCUGUUGAGAGUCUCAAAACGGACACCAAAUACAGCGAGAAUCAUGAAUCGACGGCAGUCUUGUUCGCGAGCAUAACAAACUGGAACGACAUGUAUGAGGAAAAUUUCGAAGGAGGAAGGGAAUUCUUGAGAGUGCUGAACGAGGUUAUCGGCGACUUCGAUGAGUUGUUAGACCGACCAGAGUUUUGUCAUAUCGAGAAGAUCAAAACGAUCGGAGCGGCUUAUAUGGCUGCCAGUGGCCUGAAUCCAGAACAAAAAAGGAAUAUGCAACAUCCGAAGGAACACCUUUACCAGAUGGUGGAGUUUGCACUUGCUAUCCAACAUGUGCUUUCGGUAUUCAACGAAGAUCUCCUUAAUUUUGACUUUGUCUGCAAACUUGGCUUAAACAUCGGUCCUAUCACUGCUGGAGUCAUCGGCACUACGAAACUCUACUACGACAUCUGGGGAGACACAGUGAACAUCGCAUCACGGAUGUACAGCACAGGGGUGCUCAACCGGAUCCAGGUAUCCGCGCAUACUCGUGACAUUCUUCUGGACAAGUACGAAUUCGAAUACCGAGACCAUAUCGAAGUGAAAGGUAUCGACGGCGGCAUGGACACCUAUCUACUAAUUGGCAGAAAAGCCGACCAAAUUCCUCCAGCCAUCACAAACCAACGGCCAGACGAGGGGUCUGCCUUCUAA